AUGUCAGCAGAGUUUCUCAAUCUGUCACUCUGUGAGGUGGAGUACGUUUGAUGGAAAAACUGGAUGCAGCUACCAUGACUUUCUGACAACUCCCGUGAACCGACUUCCCAUGAGCACUUCACCCGACAGCGUAUCGUUAUCAACUUUUAACCGUUUUACCUGUUAGCUGUUCUUUUCGUUACUUGACAACAGUGGAACAACACCCAUGCGCCUGUGUCAGAAGUUACCAUGCUAACCACCGUUAGCUGCUGCUACUACACGUAGCUAUGGUUUAUCUGCUGCACUUCAAACCAACUGCCAGCUGAAAGAGCGGCAAUUUGAUUGUAAAAGCUAGUUUUUUAAAAAGCUUCACAGUCAGCGUCAUUUCGCCCAGUUUCCCGUUCUUGAAAAAAGAAGCUAUCAAUCUGUCACAGAAAUGGGACUACACCCGCUGGAAUUCAGUGAAUGCUAUCUGGACAGCCCCAGCUUCAGGGAGAAAAUAAAGUCUCACGAAGCAGAACUGGACAAAACGAACAGAUUUAUCAAAGAACUGUACAAAGAUGGGAAGAACCUCAUCAAUGCAACGAAGCAGCUUGGGAUGGCACAGCGAAAGUUCGCGCAGAACCUGGGAGAGUUUCAGUUUGAAUAUAUUGGCGAUGCAAAGACGGAUGAUGAGAAGUGUAUUGAUGAAUCUUUGCAAGAGUUCUCCUCAUUCCUCAAGAACCUCGAAGACCAAAGAGAGCUGAUGAUGAGAAACAUCACAGAAACCUUAAUGAAACCCCUGGAGAAGUUCAGGAAAGACCAUCUUGGUGUAGUAAGGGCGGAAAGAAAGAGGUAUGAGAAAGAAACGGAGAAGUACUACAGCUCUCUGGAAAAGCUUCUGAAUAUGUCGGCAAAGAAGAAAGAGCCCCAGCUACAAGAGGCAGACCUCCAGGUGGAAAACGUGAGGCUGCACUUUCAGGAGGAGUCACUGGAAUAUGUGUGCAAACUGCAGGAGAUCCAGGAGAGAAAGAAGUUUGAGUGUGUGGAGCCGAUGCUGGCCUUCUUUCAGACAGUCUUCACCUUCUAUCAUCAGGGCUUCGAGCUCGCCAAGGACUUUGACCAUUAUAAAAGAGCUCUGCAGAUCAAUAUUCAGAAUACGAGGAGUCGAUUUGAGGGCGCGCGAUCAGAGGUGUACGAGCUGAUGAAGAGGAUAAGGGAGGCACCUCAGGAUUACAGGCAGACCAGCGCUAUCAGCUUCGAAGGCUACCUCUAUGUUCAGGAAAAACGACCACCUCCCUUUGGCUCAAGUUGGGUGAAGCGUUACUCCACGUUUGUCAAAGAGCAGAAGAUCCUACACAUGGUGACCUUUGACCACAGAUCUGGUGGCAAGAUUGGUGAGACCGAGUCCGUCACGCUUAAAUCCUGUCUCCGCAAAACAACAGACGUGUUGGACAGGAGGUUCUGCUUAGAACUCGACAUAACAGACCGGCCCGGCACUGUGCUAACAGUACAGGCUCUGUCAGAGGAUGACCACAAGUUUUGGAUGGAGGCCAUGGGUGGCAAGGAACCUUUUGGACACUAUCUUGGGAGGACUUAUUCCAAAGAAAGAGGAAUUGAUGCCCAGCUGGACGAAGUGGGUUUGAGUUUUAUGAAGAACUCGAUCAGCGCCAUAGAGACGAGAGGUAUUAAUGACCAAGGCCUGUACAGAGUUGUUGGGGUAUCCUCCAAGGUCCAGAAGCUCCUCUCAUUAAUGAUUGAUGAGACGAACAUUGACAUGGAUCUGUCCACCAGCGAGGACUGGGACGUUAAGACGAUAACCAGUACACUGAAGCUUUAUCUGAGGAGCCUUCCUGAGCCAUUGAUGACCUAUGGACUUUACAAAGAGUUUAUUAGCCUUGCGAAGGGCGGUAGUCCAGAGUCUCGCAUCCAAGCCGUCCACUGCCUGGUCCACAAACUACCGGAGAGGAAUCGACAAGUCCUCGGGCUGCUCAUGAAGCAUCUGGCCAAGGUGGCGGCUCACAGUAAACAGAACCUGAUGACCGUGGCUAAUUUGGGCGUGGUGUUUGGCCCGACAUUAAUGAGGCCUCAGGAGGACACCGUGGCUGCCAUCAUGGAUCUGAAGUUCCAGAACAUUGUUGUGGAGAUCCUCAUUGAACACGAUGAAAAGAUGUUUACAGAUGCUCCGGAGUCGUGUCCUCUCUCACCUGCUGCCCCAGAAUUCUCUGCUCCCACGAGGCAGUCCAAGAAGCUGAGUCGACAGAGUCGGCCCCUGGCUGUCUACAAUCCACAAGCUCUAGAUAUUCAGACUGUAGUGGGAGAUGGACCCACCCUAGCUACAGAUGAGACCUCGAUGGGCAGCAACGAGUCUGUGUCGUCUCAGUCGUCGUCAGCCUCGGCCUCAGAGAUCUCCACAGAGAAGAACGACCACAUCCCGCUUAGCAGCAGCCUCAUCUCAGGCAGCAACUCCAGGGAACCCAUAGCAGGAUCUUCGCUGUCCGCAGCCCCAGAGAGCCAACCUGCCUCCACCACAGCUGAGAAAGCAAAGCCAGAAGAGAGUGUCACCAGCAGGAAAGCCAAGGCAGUGUUCCCAUGUGAGGCUGAGCACGACUCUGAGCUCUCCUUCCAGGUCGGCGCAAUAUUCAACGCCGUGUUCAAGUCGCGAGAGCCGGGCUGGCUGGAGGGCGAGCUGGAGGGAAAGAGGGGCCUCAUCCCUGAAAACUACGUGGAGUUCAUGUAGCGGCAAUCACAAAUAUUUAUGGACAAAUUAUUAUCACCUCCACCGGGAAAGAUAUGCUGAGAUACAGGUGCUUCAACUCUGACAUUCACCAUAGAGCCUUCUUUAUCCAAUUCCCUGAAUUAUCUCAAGUAAGUGAUGUUAUUACAGGUGGACCAUUCUUCAUAGUUUCUCUGUUUGAAUUUACUUUGGUCGAGUAUCCGCAUGGAUUUCAGCAUUGCACUUACAAUAUCCUGCCUUAUACAAAGAUGCUGGAGCCUCUCAAAAUCCAGGUCGCUUUGUAGCAGCCGAGAAAGAGGCCUCGCACUCGACCCGAGUUAUACAUGGUAUCCAUGAGCUCCCAAGUCAAAGAACGAUCCAGAAACUGUAAGGAAGAAUGUCGGCACUCACUGUAACCUGUUUUUGUAAAGGCAUUUUUUGCAGCUUUAGAAACUCUCGACAAUGAUGCAAAGUUUGUUUUCAGCUUUUAAGAGAUUAGAGAUACUGUUCCUGCCGUGCCUUACCGUCAGAACACCCAGUGUAAAUGUAUGUCCCGGUGUGUAUGAGCAUUUAUUGGAGUGUUACUGCUUUCACUUUGAAAUUGUUGUGUUUUCUGUCUUCUUAAGAUGUUCAAAAUGAGGCACAUUGCUAUAGUAAUUGUAUUUAAUUUAAUUGGCACAUUGAUUGCAUGACUUUUGAAUUUAUAAACACACUCUACUGUUUUGUUCUUGGCGCACUCCCUUACAGAAACACACUGAUGACUGAAAAGCCUCGUGUUUUAACACUAGGUACAUUUAAGUUGGCAGUCAUGAUUGAAACCAAGUGUUUUGUAUCUGUUUAGUUUAUUUUUAAAGCUUAUUUUAACGUUGCUCAGUUUCCUUUUGAGCAGAUAAAUGAGACACUCCCACAAAGUUAACAUUUUGGUUUAACUAUUUUAUCUUCAAUGUCAAUAAUAAAAAUCAACAUUUUAUUAUCAGUUAGACCAAAGAAUGCAGUAUUUUACAUCCGUUCAGUGUAUAUAGCCUAAGUAUAAAAAUACAUAUGACUGCCAAGUAUGUUUUACAAGUGUCUGUUAGGUGAUGGACAGUUUUUCUUAUGGAUUGGUUUUAGCAUGAACACGUCUGAUUACAAUUCAUCCCUCAGCUGUUAAACAAGACACUUUAAUUUUUCUGAGAGCUUUGGUUCAAGUAAUUUAAAACAUUGAUUUAUGACGUUUGUAAAAGGCCUUCUUUCAUUUUUAUACCUUUGGGUAUCCUGUUGAUCAAUGUUAAACAAAUAAAGAUUGUUUUUGUUCUUUACUGUA